CGGGUAAGCCGCGGGACAGAGCGCGGCGCAGACGGGAAGUUGCGGCUGCCAGCGAGGCGGACUGGUCGGGUGGAGGCCGCAAGCCACCUCGAGGCUGCGUAGGCCGCGCGGAGACGCCGCGUCGCUGGUCUGGGGUCGGGAACCGCAGACCGGGAGGCACUAGGCGGACCGAGAAUUUGUAGGUGGAAGGCAGGCAUGAUCAGGCCCAUUUCACUGACAAGAAAACAGAGACAGGACGUGUCUCUCCCCACGUCAUUCAGUCAGUAAAAGCAGCCAAGCUGGAGCCGAAAGCCAGGUGUCCUGAAUCCCAGCGGGGGGCUCCCUGCACCAACCAUGAGCCGCCUGCUCUGGAAGAAAGUGGCCGGCGUCGUCGUCGGGCCAGGGCCGGUUCCAGCUCCGGGGCGCUGGGUCUCCAGCUCCGUCUCCGUCCCCGUCCCCAGCGACGGGCAGCCGCAGCCGCAGCAGCCGCAAGUGCCAUCCUCGGAGGGCGGGCAGCUGCGGUACAACCCGUUGCACAUCCAGAUGCUCUCGAGAGGGCUUCACGAGCAAAUCUUCGGGCCAGGCGGGGCGAUGCCCGUCGAGGCCGCGGUGCGCCGCAGCGUCGAACACCUGCAGAAGCACGGGCUCUGGGGGCAGCCGGCCGCGCCCUUGCCCGACGUGGAGCUGCGCCUACCCCCCCUCUACGGGGGCAGCCUGGACCAGCACUUCCGCCUCCUGGCGCAGAAGCAGAGCCUGCCCUACCUGGAGGCGGCCAACUCGCUAUUGCAGGCCCAGCUGCCCCCCCGGCCCUCGAGCUGGGCCUGGGCGGAGGGUUGGACCCGGUACGGCCCCGCGGGGGAGGCCGUACCCGUGGCCAUCCCCGAGGAGCCGGCCCUGGUGUUCGACGUGGAGGUCUGCUUGGCAGAGGGAACUUGCCCCACGCUGGCGGUGGCCAUAUCCCCCUCGGCCUGGUAUUCCUGUGACCUCAUUCCCCUGGAGGUCCCUGCCAGUGCUGGCGGCCCCGCCCAGCGAGAGUGGCAGGAGCAGUUAGUGGUGGGGCACAAUGUCUCCUUUGACCGAGCCCAUAUCAAGGAGCAGUACCUGAUCCAGGGCUCCCGCAUGCGCUUCCUGGACACCAUGAGCAUGCACAUGGCCAUCUCAGGGCUAAGCAGCUUCCAGCGCAGUCUGUGGAUGGCAGCCAAGCAGGGCAAGCACAAGGCUCGGCACCCCACACAGCGAAGCCAGAAGUCCCAGAGCAAAGCCAGCGGCCCGGCGAUCUCAUCUUGGGACUGGCUGGACAUCAGCAGUGUCAAUAACCUAGCAGACGUACACAGCCUCUAUGUUGGGGGGCCUUCCUUAGAGAAGGAGCCUCGAGAACUGUUUGUCAAGGGUAGUAUGAAGGACAUUCGUGAGAACUUCCAGGACCUGAUGCAGUACUGUGCCCGGGACGUGUGGGCCACCUAUGAGGUUUUCCAGCAGCAGCUCCCACUCUUCUUGGAGAGGUGUCCCCACCCGGUGACUCUGGCCGGAAUGCUGGAGAUGGGUGUCUCCUACCUGCCUGUCAACCAGAACUGGGAGCGUUACCUGGCGGAGGCACAGAGCACGUAUGAGGAACUCCAGCGGGAGAUGAAGAAGUCUCUGAUGGAUCUGGCCAACGAUGCCUGCCAGCUGGUCUCUGGAGAGAGGUACAAAGAAGACCCCUGGCUCUGGGACCUGGAGUGGGACUUGCAAGAGUUUAAGCAGAAGAAGGCAAAAGUGAAGAGGAAGGAGCCAGCAGCCACCAGCAACUUGCCUGUCGAGGGGGCUGGGGUCCCAGGGUAUCCCGAGGAUCAGGAAGACCCCGGCCCCCCCAGUGAGGAGGAGGAAUUGCGACGAGAUGUCACAGCCCGCGCCUGCUUCGAGCAGCUGAAGGGGACCGCAGAGCUCCUGCCCAAGAGGCCUCAGCACCUUCCCGGACACCCUGGGUGGUACCGGAAGCUCUGUCCCCGGCUAGAUGACCCUGCGUGGACCCCAGGCCCCAGCCUCCUGAGCCUGCAGAUGCGGAUCACACCCAAACUCAUGGCACUGACCUGGGACGGCUUCCCUCUGCACUUCUCAGAGCGACAUGGCUGGGGGUACUUGGUGCCCGGGCGGCGGGACAACCUGGCUCAGGUGCCAGAGGGCACCACCUUAGCAUCGGCUGGGGUGUCCUGCCCCUACAGAGCCAUCGAGUCCCUGUACAGGAAGCACUGUCGUGAGCAGGGGAAGCAGCAGCCGGAGCUGCAGGCCGGCCUGGCCGAGGAGUUCCUGCUCACCGAGAGCAGCGCCGUGUGGCAGACGGUGGAAGAACUGGGCUUCUUAGAGGUGGAGGCCGAGGCCAAGGUGGAGAGCUUGCAAGCGGUGGUUCCGGGUCAGCCCCCAGUUCUGACUGGUGCUGGUGGCCCAAAAGCCAGCCAGCCAGCUUAUCACCAUGGCAGUGGACCUUACAAUGAUGUGGACAUCCCCGGCUGCUGGUUCUUCAAGCUCCCUCACAAGGAUGGUAACAACUUCAAUGUGGGCAGCCCCUUUGCCAAGGACUUCCUGCCCAAGAUGGAGGAUGGCACCCUGCAGGCUGGCCCAGGAGGUGCCAGUGGGCCCCGUGCCUUGGAAAUCAACAAAAUGAUUUCUUUCUGGAGGAAUGCCCAUAAACGUAUCAGCUCCCAGAUGGUGGUAUGGCUGCCUAGGUCGGCUCUGCCCCGUGCUGUGACCAGGCACCCAGAUUACGAUGAAGAAGGCCGCUAUGGGGCCAUCUUGCCCCAGGUGGUGACCGCUGGCACCAUCACCCGCCGAGCUGUGGAGCCCACGUGGCUCACUGCCAGCAAUGCCCGGCCCGACCGAGUAGGCAGCGAGUUGAAGGCCAUGGUGCAGGCCCCACCGGGCUAUGUCCUCGUGGGUGCUGACGUGGACUCACAGGAGCUGUGGAUUGCAGCUGUGCUUGGAGAUGCCCACUUUGCCGGCAUGCAUGGCUGCACAGCCUUUGGGUGGAUGACUCUGCAGGGGCGGAAGAGCAGGGGCACUGACCUGCAUAGUAAGACCGCCGCCACAGUGGGCAUCAGCCGUGAGCAUGCCAAGAUCUUCAACUACGGCCGCAUCUAUGGAGCAGGCCAGCCCUUCGCCGAGCGCCUGCUCAUGCAGUUCAACCAUCGGCUCACGCGCCAGGAGGCAGCCGAGAAGGCCCAGCAGAUGUAUGCCAUCACCAAGGGCCUUCGCCGGUAUCGGCUGUCGGAUGAGGGCGAGUGGCUGGUGACGCAGUUGCACCUCCCUGUGGAGCGGACUGAAGAUGGCUGGGUUUCCCUGCAGGAUCUGCGCAAGAUCCAGAGAGAAGCUUCACGAAAGUCCCGCAGGAAGAAGUGGGAGGUGGUUGCAGAACGUGCGUGGAUGGGGGGCACAGAGUCAGAAAUGUUCAACAAGUUGGAGAGCAUCGCCAUGUCCGACACACCGCGUACCCCGGUGCUGGGCUGCCGCAUCAGCCGGGCCCUGGAGCCCUCAGCCGUGCAGGGGGAGUUUAUGACCAGUCGCGUGAACUGGGUGGUGCAGAGCUCUGCUGUGGACUACCUACACCUCAUGCUCGUGGCCAUGAAGUGGCUGUUUGAGGAGUUUGCCAUCGACGGGCGCUUCUGCAUCAGCAUUCAUGACGAGGUUCGCUACCUGGUGCGGGAGGAGGACCGCUACCGCGCUGCCCUGGCCCUGCAGGUCACCAACCUCCUGACCAGGUGCAUGUUUGCCUACAAGCUGGGUCUCAACGACUUGCCCCAGUCGGUCGCCUUUUUCAGUGCUGUCGAUAUUGACCAGUGCCUCAGGAAGGAAGUGACCAUGGAUUGUAAAACCCCUUCCAACCCGACUGGGAUGGAAAGGAGAUACGGGAUUCCCCAGGGUGAAGCGCUGGAUAUUUACCAGAUAAUUGAACUCACCAAAGGCUCCUUGGAAAAAUGAAGCCAGCCUGGACUGUAGCUCUGCCUGGAGGCUCUGUAUUUGCUCCCGUGGAGCUUCAUCUGAGUGGUGCAGGCUCCCAAACUCAGGCUUUCUGCUGUGCUUUUCUCAGUAGCAGGACCUGCCAGGGAUGAUGGCCUGUGACU